AUGGCUUUAACUCCAAUCACCCAUACUAAAAAGGCAAGCGCUAAUAAUUGUGUUCUGCCUUGUUUGACCCCUGAAAUCCGCAAGCAAAAAGGGAAGCCUACUUGCUCAGCCAAGGAAAUCGAAAUCUGAUUGCUAGGCGAGAAGAGAACUGCUAGUAAUCCAGUCAGCAAACUUUUACUUAAGAGAAGAAAGAUGAACCUCAACUUGUUGACAGUUAGUACUGAGCAGAAGAAAUCCCUGAAUCCCUUCCAGAUGAUUCAGGAAAUGAAAGCAGUGAGCAAUGAAAAUAGCCCUGCUUCAGUGAAGACGGUGAACUCAUGAACGACCGAGGGAAAUCUUAGUUACAUUUUCGUCAAGCCUAAAGGCUUGAAGAGCAGUUUGAAAGAGACCUCUCUCAAUGAGUUUCUUACAGGAGAAGGCAUCUUCCAGAUAAACCUGCCUGUCGCUAUGAAUGAUUACCAUUUUGAGUGCCAGUAGAAUACCCAUAAAAGUGGCCUUUGGCCAUCAGUUAUAUAAUACAUUAUUAAUACUAAGAAUUUAAC